UAUUUCGUAGAUAUAAAUUGGUGUUGUAAGUAUAAGGUUUUAUAGUACGAUAGAAUGUCUAGCUAAAUCUCGCUCUUGAAUUAUUAGAAGAAACUGAGAUGCAGUACUACAAGGUUUUAUUUCUUAUAUUUGUGGUUAACUUGUCGUUAUUAAAAUGUGACGAAAACUUGACUGCAAGAAAUUGCAUUCCCUACAAAGAUGUGUUGCUGCAUGGGCAAUGUUUUGAUGCAUUGUCUAAGUAUAAUAUCUACAAUUAUAACAUGGAGGAGCUGAAAAGCACUGAUAGAAUUUUGAGUGUAGUCUUCUCGCUCGUUUCUGGGUGGAAGAAUGCCGAUAACCAUACAAAGAUGAUAGCGAUUAAUAGACAAUUGCAAGAACACCUAGAUAUGUGCAGUCAUUUGCCCAAAUUUAAAACAAAUUUGGAAAAUAUCACUGAAGUAUACAAGGAGAAGAUUUCGUUAUUCUUUAGUUGCUUCUCUUAUGAUAUCAAGUGGAUUCUUUGUCAUCUAACACAUUCAGUGUGCUUACAAUCAAAUGUUGAUGCUUCAGUAAUACUAUCUCCACCUUGUAAAUCAACCUGCGUCAAUGACAAGUGUUUGCCUUUGUUUAAAUAUGUUUACAAUCUGAUCAAAGAUUUACGUAGUAUCUGCCAUGUAUCGAUGCCUCACUUGAAUGACAGCAGAUUUAAUCUAAAUUGUCAAGCUUUACCUGAAGCGAAUGUUACUUAUUUUGAACGUUGUCAAAACAAAGAAAACCGGAACAUCCUGCACACGCGAUACUGUUACAAUUAUACCCGAAGAGACGACAGCUUUGUUGGAGAAAUCGGCGAGGGAUGCGUAUUUUGGAGUGAAGCAAACCCGUACGUAUCAGCGAGCGUUUAUCCAACUUUGUAUAAGCAAUAUUGUAGAAAUCCACAGGGAUUUGCCACCACACCAUGGUGUUACACUGAUAUGCGAAGCCGUGCCUGGAAAACGUGUGGAUACUUAGAGAAAUGUUUGACACCUGAAGAAAAAAAUAAAGAACUUUGGACAAAGACGCAAUGUGUGGAAUACAAGAAUAUUGUACCAGAUCAGUUAGGGUUUUGCACAAAAUAUCUAAAUAACAAAAAAGUGUAUCAGAGUUUACGGGGUGGUGAAAGGGAUAACAGGAUCCUUGGACCCAAGUUGUCUCUUUUGAGCAUGGUUAGAAGGAUUUUCAAACAAAAUGCUUAUGUGGCAAUACUAAGAUAUAUAGAGAUAAUGUUAGAGCCAUACACCAAUUUUGGGUUGGAUAAAAUUCUAUUAAAUUUAACAAGAAGUCUUCAAAAUGUUAUUGAAGAACUUGGCCAACACCCAAUUCUAUUCAAAAGGAUUUUCUGUAUGGUACGAUUUAGAGUUUGCUUAACUUCGUCGAAAGAUAAAUCAUUCAUUAUAUCCUGGCCAUGCCGCAGCUUAUGCGAAAAAUAUUUACCAGUUUCGCAAGAAAUAUAUAACAUUCUUCAUCAACUGAAUAAAAUACCUUCAGAAGAAUUCAUAAACGUGCCCGAUUUGGGAAAUAAAUCUGUCUGUACAUUUCUUCCGGAACAGGAUAUAACACACUUAGAACGAUGUCAAUUAAUUGAAGAUUCAAAUCAGAACUUCACAAAAGUGUGUUACGAAGGAAAUGGAAGUGGUUACAUUGGGAUCAUUAAUGUUACAUCUUCUGGAAAAACCUGUCAACCCUGGUCUAUAAAUCCUUAUUUAGACCCUGGCUCUUACCCAACAUUAAAGGAAAACUUUUGCAGAAAUCCACAGGGUCAUUUGCAUAAACCUUGGUGUUACGUAGAAAAGUCGAUGCAACGUUGGGAAUACUGUGACGUCAAAGAAUGCAGCAAAAAUAUUAUUGAUGACAAGGAAUUGUGGGAGAUAAAUGUUUGGAUGAUUGUGUCAUUGCUUGGAGUAAUUAUGGUUUUGUUAGUAAUGGCUUAUUUCAUCAAAAAACACCGGAAACAAUGCAGGAGUAAACAAGUUAAUGUACCGUUAUCUCCUUAUCUUGAAUACAACUGCAACGACGACAAAACGUUAUUAAAUCUUCUGCUACCUCCACAAAGUGAGACCAAAAUGUAAAACUAGACUUUGUCGUGAAAUACGCCAAAAUUGCACAUGUAUGUGUUGAUGCAAUAUUUUCCAAUAUUUUACCGAUGUGGUUAAUCGUUGUGGUUAAUGGUUGUAAUGGCACUGCACACCGUAUGUCUGCAAAGAACCAACAUACUUACUCUUCUCGGCAAGUUAGACGAAAAGAAUAAUCACUGUAAUAUCUAAGAAGUAAUUUAUCUCAAACUUAUUCGUAAUGUAUAAAACUUACUUUUUGCUUGUCAGUUUUUACUGAUCGUAUUUCCAACGUUCUUUGUUAUUAAAUACAAUUACCCUUUAA